GUCUCUAAGAAUCCCCAAACAUACUUCUUAUCAUGCUGGAAUCCCCAUCUUUGCUGGCUCGCGUACAGAGGCAAUGUAGUGGAGAGAAAAAGGGGAACUCCACCGGAGGAUAGAUCUGGGGAUGCAUGGACGCGGCUAUGGGUGAUUAAUGCCAUGUUGUAGCAGCAUAACAAGACUGGAUAUGCGCACAAAAAGUGGGGAUAAGUGAGUUUCGGGGCCCACAGGAUGGACACUGCGGAGGUGAUUCUCUCUGUGUUGGUGGUUGUGAUUAUCUUAGUGUCCUUGCUAUCCAACGUCCUGGUGCUGAUCUGCUUUCUGUACAACCCGGAGAUCCGCAAGCAGGUCCCCGGUCUUUUCAACCUCAACCUUACCUUUUGCAACUUGUUGCUGACUGUGUCCAACAUGCCGCUUACUUUGGUGGGACUUGUCAGUAAGGCUCAGCCGGGAGGAGACGGCUUCUGCCAGAUCGUGGGCUUCUUGGAGACAUUCCUAUCCACCAAUUCGAUGCUGAGCAUGGCAGCUCUGAGCAUCGACAGGUGGAUCGCGGUGGUGUUCCCCCUGAGGUACCACUCUAAAAUGCGCCAUAAAGACGCAGCUUUUGUGCUUGGGUACACGUGGGCACACUCCAUGUCCUUCUCCACAGUGGCCACCUGCCUCUCCUGGGUGGGAUACCACCGGCUUUACGCGUCCUGCACCCUGUCCAACCCGAGAGCGAGCAGUCGGACCCAGUUUGUUAUCUUCACCGUCUUUUUCCACUCCUUUACCUUCCUCCUGUCUUUAAUAGUGCUGUGUGUCACUUACCUCAAAGUGCUUAAAGUGGCAAGGUUUCACUGUAAGAGGAUUGACGUUAUUACAAUGCAAACUUUGGUGCUGCUGGUGGAUAUACACCCAAGUGUUCGCCAGCGUUGCCUGGAAGAGCAGAAGAGGAGACGACAAAGAGCGACAAGAAAGAUCAGCACCUUCAUCGGCACCUUCAUGCUCUGCUUUGCUCCCUAUGUGAUUACAAGGAUUGUGGAGUUAUUUCCAGCGGUGCCUAUCAACCCCCACUGGGGAAUUGUCUCCAAGUGCUUAGCUUACAGCAAGGCGGCCUCCGACCCCUUUGUGUACUCCCUGCUCCGACGCCAGUACAAGAAGACUUGCACUGACAUCAUCAACAGGCUGCUGAAGCGUAGCUCUUUGAAUACAUCCGGGCGCAGGCACGAGAACCAAGUCAACAGCAUAGCGCCCGCAGAGUGACAGGGAGUGGACUGAUACACUCUGAGGGUUGACCCGGCAACUGUUAGGGAAAUAUGAGACUGAUUUAAAGUCGAUGAAGAGGAGAACAAAUAUCGGAUGUUUCCGUCCACACCUGCUUGAAUUUGGUCUGACAUGCCAAAAUAAAAAGA